AUGUCACAAGUCACUCCUACCCCAGCUUCGAUCUUGGCCUCCAUGGGCUCCGCCUGUAACCCCUCCGACAUGACGAACUACGGCCACGAUGGAAUGAACCAAUUUGACGACUCAGAUUCAGACUCUUCCUACUCUGGCUCCAGCUCCUCUUCCUUCUCGACAACGUCGCUCAAUAACAUGGAUGGCUCCGCCGGAACCCACACCCAGGGCGGACAACCUAUCACCUACCAUUACUUCUGCAACUUCCCCACCUGCGACUACCACUCUGCCCGCUCAGAUCCCGUCAAGCGCCACCGCGACACCCACUACCCCGACUAUAAGCCCUACAUCUGCAACUACUGCCAAUCGAGCUCAGCCCGACGUGAUUCGACCAGAGAACAUUGCCUGAAGCAACACAAGGAUGAUUCAGAGAACGCCUUCCGUUUUGACACCACCGUCCCCAAGCCCGAUGGCUGGAUCGCUUACGAGCCCAAGCGUUCCCCAUGGCCCCCAAUCAUGGUCUAA